AUUUAAUAGGGGCUGUCAAGUAGAGGGAGGAAGAGCCAAAAUUUGCCAUUUCCAAGAGUGUCGCCGUCACAGAACCGGUGGUAGAUGGACAGUUGUACUGACGACCCAAAUUUCCGCCAAAAGAACUUCUUCACGACGAGGCCGCUACAACUUUUCAACCAUUCGGCAACUGUACAGUUCUUUGAUUAAACAAACAAAUCACCAUUCGAAGCUUCAUUUCAAUUGGGUACUAAUUCAAUUCCAUAUUAAAAAUGUAAGCCGUCGUUUCUUACCAGCUCUAGAGAGUUGUACGAACAAUUCCUACCCAGUGAAAAAACAUUAAAAGUGAACCCUUGAUUUUCAGUCAACGCAACCAGGUGCUCAAUUCGAAACUAAAUUUGGUUUUUCUCUUCUUAAAAUCUUGUUUUCUCAUCUGGGUCUUACUUGUUUUGGUCGAUUUUGGUGGUUUGUUUCGUCCAAAUGAACCCUCGAUUUGGGUUUUUGUUCCUGGUUUUGAUCUCUGUUUUACUGGGAGCUGAUACAAAAUGCCCCAGAACUUGCGAUGUAGCUUUAGGUUCCUACUUCGUGUGGGAGGGUGCCAAUUUGUCUUUCGUCUCUCAAAUGUUUCUGUUGUCAUCUCCUGAUAUAAUCGUUAGCUACAACAGAGGUAGAGUUCCCAACAGAGAUAGUGUUAAUAGUGGCAUCAGAGUCAACGUUCCAUUCUCUUGCGACUGUAUUGGCGAUUCGUUUCUGGGUCAUACGUUUCAGUACCAGAUUAAACGUGGAGAUACUUACGAUGAAAUUGCAACCAAAUUCUAUUCGGGGCUGACUACGGUGGACAUGUUACAGAGAUUCAAUACCUUUAAUCCUCUUAAUCUUCAAGAAAAUCAGAUUUUGAAUGUGGUAGUGAACUGCUCCUGUGGAGAUCCUGAUAUUUCGAGGACAUAUGGGCUGUUUGUCACUUACCCAAUUCGAUCCAAUGAUAGUUGGGAUAAGUUGCGAGCAGAUACAAAUGUCAGCUUAUCUUUGCUGCAACAAUACAAUCAGGGUGUGAAUUUCACCCCAGGAAAUUUGGUCUUUAUUCCAGGAAGAGAUCAAAGUGGCAACUAUCCACCUCUGGAUAUAAGCACAGGACUUGCGGGUGGAGCCAUUGCAGGCAUAAUUAUCGGUGCAGUACUUGGGUUUCUCCUUGUAGUAGGUGCCAUUUUCAUUGUAAUUCGAAAGAGGAAGUUGAAAAAUUCUAGAUUGUUGGUGUUCUCUCAAGAACUGUCUUCGCAAGAUGGGCGUGCUCUUGCCCCUGGAAGUUUGUUCGAUAAAUCUACUGAAUCAAAUGGUCAAGGUGAUGGUGGUAUAGCUGCUGUUACUGGUAUUACAGUUGACAAAUCAGUGGAAUUCUCAUAUGAAGAACUUGCCAAGGCCACGGACAACUUUAGCUUGGCUAACAAAAUCGGUGAAGGUGGAUUUGGAUCAGUUUACUAUGCAGAACUCAGAGGAGAGAAAGCUGCAAUAAAGAAGAUGGAUAUGCAAGCUACAAGGGAGUUCCUUGCGGAAAUUAAGGUUCUAACACGUGUUCACCACUUGAACUUGGUGCGCUUGAUAGGAUAUUGUGUUGAGAAUUCUCUAUUCCUAGUCUAUGAGUACAUUGAGAAUGGCAACUUAAGCCAACAUUUACGAGGCACAGGUCGAGAUCCGUUGCCAUGGCCUUCGAGGGUCCAAAUAGCCCUAGAUUCAGCUAGGGGCCUUGAGUAUAUCCAUGAGCACACUGUUCCUGUUUAUAUUCAUCGUGAUAUUAAAUCCGCCAACAUAUUGAUUGACAAAAACUUUCAUGGAAAGGUUGCAGACUUUGGGUUAACCAAGUUAACUGAAGUUGGAAAUUCUUCGCUUCCUACACGUCUUGUGGGCACAUUUGGAUAUAUGCCACCUGAAUAUGCGCAAUAUGGAGAUGUUUCUCCAAAGAUCGACGUAUAUGCUUUCGGUGUCGUUCUUUAUGAGCUUAUUUCAGCCAAGGAAGCUGUGGUCAAGACAAACAAAAUGAGCGCAAUCAAUGAAUCAAAAGGCCUUGUUGCUUUGUUUGAAGAUGUCCUGAAUCAACCCGACGCAAAAGAGAACCUUUACAAACUAGUCGACCCAAGACUUGAAGAGAACUACCCUCUCGAUUCAGUUUUCAAGAUGGCUCAGCUUGCGAAGGCUUGUACACAUGAGAAUCCACAGCUACGGCCAAGCAUGAGAUCAAUUGUGGUUGCUCUCAUGACACUUUCUUCUGCAACAGAGGAUUGGGACGUCGGCUCUUUCUACGAAAACCAAGCUCUUGUCAACUUGAUGUCUGGAAGGUAGACAUAGAGUCGAACACCACGAUUAUCGAGGUCGCUGCCCUGUCCAAUUGAAGGGUUUGUGUACCGUGUAACUCUCUUAUUUGGUGUGUAUAAUACGAAAGACAAUUCUUCCUUUCUAAACAAACGUUUUUGUAAAUCCAUGUAGUUGAGAAUUAUGAAGAAAGCUCAUGUAAAUUUAUUUAUUUUGUUGUUUUUAGUAUAAUUGGGUUAGAAAAAUUUGAAUCA